ACCUGCUCUCUCCUCUAGAUUGUGACCGAGCCACACAGCACCCAAAGCUCGCUCCGGGGGCUCUCCCUGGACCCCUCCAAGAUGGUGGAAAUCCCCUUCCAAGUUGAGUUUCCGGCACCCAAAAGUGAAUCGGUCCAGAAAUUCCAGGUUUACUACCUGGGGAGCGUUUCCGUGGCCAAGCCCGUGGGCAUGGAGGUCAUCAACAGCGCCCUGGAGGCGGCCCUGGCGUCUGGCAGCAAGGAGCAGUGGGCGCCCGCUCAGUUCAGCGUGGCACCAGCCACCCUCACCCUCGCCCACCAGCAGACUGACACUGUGCUGUGCGAGUGCCGCGUGCGCUUCCUCUCCUUCAUGGGCAUCGGGAAGGACGUCCGCUCCUUCGCCUUCAUCAUGGCGGCAGCGGCCGGCAGCUUCUCCUGCCACAUGAUUUGGUGUGAGCCCAACGCUGCGGGGCUGAGCGAAGCCGUCCAGGCCGCUUGCAUGCUUCGCUACCAGAAAUGCUUGGAUGCGCGACCCCAGUCCACCGGCAGCUCCUGCCUCCCAGCCCCUCCUGCUGACUCUGUGGCUCGCCGCGUGGGCUCCACGGUUAGGAAGGGCAUCCAGGCCCUGCUGGGGACCCUCCAACCCAAGCACCAGGGGUCCCAGACGCCGUGAGCUCCAGGCAGGAGAGAGAGGGACCUGCCUGCCCACCUGACCCCGGGCCCCUGCCAUCAGCCUCGCAGCGCUUGGCCUGCCCCGGUGCGCGGUGGGUGGGUGGGUGUUCUGCAUGAGUGCAAGAUGUCUGUUUAUGAGGGAAGCGUGGAUCUCCACAGAGGUGUGACCUUCAUGCCAGUGGGGGGAGGGAGGGAGGGAGGGAGGGAGGGAGGGAGGGGGCUUCUCUUUGGGCAGCCCUGCCACGGCUGCCAGACCUUUCCCCCACCGGCCUCUCCCCCCUCCCCGCCAGUAUGCCAGAGCCUGGAAUUAGCUGCAGCCGCUGCAGAGGACCUGGCUGGCACCUGGCCACACCCUGGGGAGGGGUCAGGGUCCCACAACUUCCCCCUUUGCCCAGGAGCAGAGGGGCUGGGGCUGGGGGGGGGGAGGAGCCCCUGCUGUUUGUCUUGUACUAACCCACAAAUAAACUCUGU